AUGAGCGAGGAUACCCAAAGAGUCAGCAUACACGGCAGGGUGUUCCAGAAGAUCUCAAUUGACGACAAGAUAUACCUUGCCCCCAUCGCCAACGACGAUAGCGAAGAAGACAGACUGACGGCUCAGCAUGACAUCUUGUCAAGGCUUUUCGGAGGAGCCUUAUUAUCUCCCGGUCUUCGACUGAGAGAUCCCCAAAAGAUACUGGACUGCGGAUACGGUGGUGGUGACUGGUGUGUACAAUGCGCAGAGGAAUACGAGGAUUGCGAGGUGACUGGCGUUGACAUCUUUCCCAUGCUUGUCGUGGAUCAGCCAGAAAAUUUGACCCUCUGUGGUUAUAACCUGAAUGAUAGACUCCGCGACCCCGAAGUAUUCCAAUCGCGAGCAUACGACCUCAUCCACUCCCGAUUCGUCAGUCCAGGAAUCAAAAGCGGUAGAUGGACUUCUUAUAUCCAUGACAUGAGACUAUUGCUACGACCCGGCGGUUGGGUCCAGAUAGCCGAAUACUAUCCCCUCAUUCAGUCCGAUAGCGGGCGGCUUUCAGACCAAGCUGCACUAAGGCGAUGGUGGCAAUCAUACGAGGCGUCCAUGAGAAGAUUGAACCGUGAUCCAAGGAUCGGGCGACGACUGAAGGACCUUCUGACCCAAGAUGGAUAUCGAGAUGUGGUGGUUGAGGUGGAGCAUCUCCCUAUAGGUGGAUGGCACUCCGAUCCAGCCAAGGCCAGCAUUGGCAGAGACGCUGUCGCUAUGAUUGGUGAUCUUCUCGAAUCGCUAGGCAUUUGGCCAUUCACGGCAGACCUUGGCUGGACGGCUGCACAGUACGACUAUCUCAUGCGGGAGAUUCGCGCAGAGCUUCAAAACGUUGAGCUGAAAUUAUAUAUCAACAUGUAA